UCACCUCAAACUGCACCUUUUUCUUCAAAAGCUUUCUGGAACCGAUCGGAAUGGAGCCUAACAGACCUGCAUGCAUAUGCCAGGUCUAUGGCAAGUUUGCCCGUUUUGCAACACUGUAUGACAGAAAAAAUCGCAUUCCUGUCUAUUCUGCAUUCAUCUUCACCCCGGGACCACUGCCCUGCCUUUUCUCUAGGAGGGAAGAGUGGUUUAUUGAACCACAGCUCACUUACAGCAACCGGCCACCAGAAAUGAUGCUAAUGGAACACCUCUAUAACUCUGAACACAAGCCAAGGCCAAACAGUGAUCUUUGCCAGCUCAUUACAGACAGCCAAGCGACAGACUGUGACUAUGCCGCUUCUGGUUUUGACAAAGGACACCUCAAUCUCAACUGCUUCCAAUUUGCUGAAGGACGAGAUGCUACUUUUACACUCACCAACGCAGUUCCCAUGUACGAGAAUUUUAAUCGGGUUGUAUGGAGUAAAGCUUAUGAGAAUGUAAUGAUGUCAGCCUAUAAAGCUAGCAGACUCUUCAAUGUGCUCUUCCCCUAA